GCCAUUGUUUCAUUUAAGGCUGCUGCUCGAGUCCCCAGAAAGUGCCAUCUAUUUUCACUUGUACCUCCAUGUACGUAGUACUUACUAGUAGUGUACCUAUCUGAUUAGGGGAGUACCUAGGUACCUAGGGAUUGGACAGUGUUUGACAGUGCAUAUACAGUGUUAAUAACGGCUCUGAAGAAUGCCGCCUUGGCACCGAUAAAUAUCGAUAAGUCCAUUCAUCAAUCAGGUCAUUGAUUAAUUCAUUAUCAGCAUGUUCCACUUCCCACCACGUCACCGACAUCUUUCGACAUGGCCAUAUGUUGAGAUUGCGAUUCCUAAAUCACUUUUGACGCGAACAGGCAUGAGCAGCUCAAUCUGCUCCUCAGCCGAAGCCCAUAAAAGGAACGGAUACCCACGCCCUAUAUUGUUUGCCUUGGGUAGUUAGAGCGCCAGAUUCCAUCUCUCACUAUCCCCUCAAUCCGGGUGACUUCAGCCAACAUGUCGUCCUCACCCUCAAUGCUGGAGCACCUGAAACAGGCGCUGGAAUACAUCCUCACGCCAUCAGUGCCCGUAAUAAGCAUAGGGCUAUUGAUAGUCUUCAUCGUGCCGAUCCUCGUCCAUAUCUUCAUUACACGUCAAACGCCGUACACGAGCUUACCCUACGUCCUCCUCGCGGGCCCAGCAGGCGGCGGCAAGACCUCGCUGCUAACACUCCUCGAACGCGGCGAUGCAGCUGCCGAAACGCAUACCUCGCAGGCGCCACAUGCCGUCGAGCUCACCGCAUCCCAGGACGCCGGCGCAUCGACAUUCCGGGAGGCGGCGCGCGAAGACGCACCAGGCUCGCACAAGAAGUUCCAUCUCGUCGACACCCCGGGUCACGGCAAACUCCGAGGCGCCGCCCUCGAUCAAUUAGGCGGGGAUGGCAAGACCGGCAAGCCACAGUUCGGCGACUCAACCAUGCUGCGAGGCGUCAUCUACAUGCUCGAUGCCGCGACGCUGGAGGACACACUCGCAGACGCCGCGACGUAUCUGUACCAGGUGCUGCUCACUUUGCAAAAGCGCACAGGGUCUGGUCACACUUCGCGGGCGCCGAACGCCGUACAUGUCCUCAUUGCCGCGAACAAGCUGGAUCUGUUCACGGCGCUGCCGGCAUCGCUCGUGCGCAGCAACCUCGAGUCCGAGCUAGGACGGAUACGACAGUCGCGCAGCAAGGGACUGUUGGACUCGGGCGUCGGCACCGAUGAGAUUGGAUCAGAAGAGCAGGACAGUUGGUUGGGCGAGUACGGAUCGGAAAAGUUCACGUUUGCCCAGAUGAGAGAGUUUGAUAUCGAGAUCGACGUCAUUGGUGGCAGCGUCUUGGAGGCCAAUGUCGACAAGUGGUGGGAUUGGAUUGUAGGCCGUAUUUAGGGUCAUGAUGUGGUGAAGUCUCACCCAGUCCGAGAAUAAUUAAUUAAUUAAGAGCCGGAGAGCAUAAUCAUAAUUACCUAGUGCGAGCAUGAAACCUUCCAAUUAUCGCGUGAUAUGUGAUAUUCAGUCACA